CGUCCACCUGCGCAUCUCCUCCAGUCAUCAUGAGCAACCUAGAGAAGACUUUGUUUCAACUGAAGUUCACCGCGAAGACCCUCAAUCGGCAGGCGAAGAAGGCACAGAAGGAUGAGAACUCUGAGAAAUCAAGGUUAAAGAAGGCGCUUCAGCAGGGGAACAACGACGGUGCUCGUAUAUACGCCUCGAACGCUAUCAGGAAGAAAUCUGAAUAUCUCAACCUCCUUCGUCUCGCCUCUCGCAUCGACGCUGUUGCAAGCAGAGUCGAAACAGCGGUCACUAUGCGACAGGUUACUGGGAAUAUGACGAGCGUCGUGAAGGGUAUGGAUAAGGCUAUGGAGUCUAUGAACCUCGAACGGAUAUCCCUUGUUAUGGACAAAUUUGAGUCUCAGUUCUCAGACCUCGACGUGCAGACUUCAUACAUGGAAGACGCCAUGUCAUCCACGACGGCCACUUCAACUCCUCAAGAUCAGGUCGACGCCCUCAUGCGUCAGACAGCAGAGGAGGCAGAUAUCGAACUCGCACACGACCUCGCCAGCAAGGAUAUGGCAGGCGUGCCAGAUCUGUCGAAGGAGGAGGAAGGUAAGGUCUUGGAGGAAGACGGGAAUUUGGCAGAGAGAUUGAGGGCUUUGAGGCCUGCAACGUAAAGUGACAAGGUUUUGUAUAUGACAGCCCUUGGUAGAUCUUGUGCGAGGGCAGGCUAGGCUAAUUUUGCGGGAUGGAUGUAAUUGGAGACGCUUGUAUACUUGUAUGUUCUGGACUUUCUUUCUCGAUUUGUGUUUCUGUUGAGGCCUUGGUUUUGUCCUUUCAACAUCAUCUGAAUGUACAUGAUGGUUUGACAUGUGCC